UUAGAGGAGCUGCUGUCACCAACAUUGGCAAUAAGAUGGAGAUGUCACUCAGGCCUGUGCAGUGGCUCGCUGUCAUGCUUCUCGUCGUCUUCACAACCAGCCAGUGUCAACAAAACGAGAGUCGUCGAGCUGUGACCGAACACCAGCUGAUGCACGACCGCGGCCGAAACAUCCAGAGUCUCAAGAGGCUCAUCUGGCUGUCCAGCGCCAUCGAGGGUCUCCACACUGCCCAGACCCGGUCCGCUGAUUUCAACCCCACAAAGGUCCUGAACCUGGCUCUGAAUCCAGCACUGGUCCCGGCUACUGGGAACCCCCAGCCCACCCGGGUCCAGAGCCUCCUGAGAGACUUCUUUAAUCCCUACCUGACCCAACAGCAAGACAGAGAGGCUUAACAUCACUUUAAUGCAUACACAUGA